GUCAGCUGAUCACUGUGGGUGGAGCAUCUGUGGCGUACACGUUGAUCAACGCUCUCAGCUACCACACCCAGCACCCGGCCCUCACUUGUAUCUUCCCCUCACCUUGUGAUUAUAACUUACGUAGUACAGAAGGAACCAACACAUACAAAGAAGGAAGCCUGCUGCCCUCCUCAUAACAUUUAAAUAACAACAGAUAAAUCUUUUUCGACUUUGAGCCGAACUCGUCAAGAUGCGUGAAUGUAUCAGCGUGCACAUCGGGCAGGCUGGCGUGCAGAUGGGCAAUGCUUGCUGGGAACUAUACUGCCUUGAGCAUGGCAUCCAGCCUGACGGUCACCUCUCUGAAGAUGCGCCCCAUGAAGAGAACAUGUAUACCACCUUCUUCCAAGAAACUGGACGAGGCAAAUAUGUCCCCAGGGCCAUUUAUGUUGAUCUGGAACCCACCGUAGUAGAUGUAGUACGCACUGGACCAUACCGCCAGUUGUUUCACCCAGAGCAACUGAUCAAUGGAAAAGAGGAUGCUGCCAACAACUAUGCCAGAGGCCACUACACCAUUGGCAAAGAGCAGGUCGACCUUGUGCUUGACAAGAUGCGCAAGAUGGCUGAUGCCUGCUCUGGUCUCCAGGGCUUCCUCGUGUUCCACUCCUUCGGUGGUGGUACUGGAUCAGGUUUCACCUCCCUCCUGAUGGAGAGACUCUCAGUGGACUAUGGAAAGAAGAGCAAACUUCAGUUCACAGUCUAUCCUGCACCACAGAUCUGCACAGCUGUGGUUGAACCUUACAACUCCAUCCUGACGACUCACACCACUCUGGAGCACUCUGACUGUGCCUUCAUGGUUGACAAUGAGGCUAUCUAUGACAUCUGCCGAAGAAAUUUGGGUAUUGAGCGUCCCUCGUAUGAGAACUUAAAUCGAUUGAUUGGCCAGAUUGUGUCUUCCAUAACUGCCUCUCUCAGGUUUGAUGGUGCCCUUAACGUUGACCUGACAGAAUUCCAGACUAACUUGGUGCCCUACCCACGUAUCCAUUUUCCUUUGGUGACCUACGCUCCUGUCCUCAGUGUUGAGAAGGCCUACCAUGAACAGCUGUCCGUUGCAGAGAUUACAAAUGCCUGCUUCGAGCCUAACAACCAGAUGGUGAAGUGUGACCCCAGGCGAGGAAAGUACAUGGCCUGUUGUCUGCUGUACCGUGGAGAUGUGGUGCCCAAGGAUGUCAACUCGGCUAUUGCUGCUAUCAAGACCAAGAGACAGAUCCAGUUUGUCGAUUGGUGCCCCACUGGCUUCAAGGUUGGUAUUAAUUACCAGGCUCCAACGGUGAUUCCCAAUGGGGAUAUGGCCCCUACACAGCGUGCAGUGUGCAUGAUCUCCAAUACAACAGCUAUAGCUGAAGCCUGGGCCAGACUCAACCAUAAAUUUGACCUUAUGUACUCCAAGCGAGCCUUCGUCCAUUGGUAUGUUGGAGAGGGCAUGGAAGAGGGUGAAUUUGCCGAGGCUCGUGAAGACUUAGCAGCACUGGAGCAUGACUAUGAAGAGGUAGCCCAGGACUCUAAUCAGGAUGAUGAAGACAAUGAAUAUUAAGAAGAGAGUAGGUGUAAGAUACAAAAGGAAAGUGGCAUUAGGAAGAUAUGUGAGAUAGAGAUAAAGAAAAUGCUGGAUUUAAAGAAGAUAUGAAAGUGCCCAUGAUGAAAUACAUAUUAGUUAUACAAGAAGAAUGCAAGGAGGAAGAAAGCUUGAUAUGAAGAAAAGCAUUGUUUAGAAGAGAUGCCACAGGGACAGACACAAUGAGGGAGGAGAAUACAAUAAUAAUAAAGAUUUACAAGUCUAAAAACAAAAGCAGGGUGGUGGAAUUUUUUUAUGCAUUUUAUAGAAAAUACAUGACAGAUGACUUAGAACAAAAUCUAGGAGAAACAUUAGGGCUAUGAAAGUCCAAGGUAAUAAAAGUUAACAGUAUUGAGGGCACCCAGAGGGAAGAAUACAGGGUAACUAGCUUUAGCCAAAGAAAUUUUUACUUUUAUUAUAAAUGCCAAAGAACUCCCAUUACUACAUUCUUAAAUCUUGCUCGAGAGAUGUGUUACAACCAUUCAGGUUCAGACGACUCCCACCAAGUAAAAUUACAGUAUAAAUAGGGGUUACAUCGAGCUUGAUGGGGGUCAUUCAGAACCUGCGCCGAAUGGGAGAUAAUCAGAUUUAAUCCCAGGAAAGGUAGAGUAACUCCUACUCCUUGGAUCAAGAGCACUCAGCUUCAAAGCACCCCUUUGAAGGGUCCUCAUGUAAGCUGUGAUCAGUCAGGUUGAAGCACUAACUCCCACUCUAGUUAAAUAUUUAAGAAUAUGGUAAGAACACUCCAAAGAGUUUUGGAAAGACAUUGAGGACCACGACGGUCUUUUAAUUUGAUGGUCUUAGAUUACUAAGAUAAAAGUGGCAACAUAUUAUAUAGCUUAUCUUCCAUAAUUUAUAAUGUGAUGGGUGUGGCAGGAGAGAGGCUUUUGAUUGAUAUGACUAGGGUUGAUACAGUUAGUUAUCACUCAUUGUUCAAUUGGUAGGUAUUACUCAAAUAAACUCUGUCACUUAAACAUUACAAUGCUCACAUAGAAAAUAGUACAUACCUUAAGAUAUGUUUUGGAGACACAUCACAUCUUUUAUAUAUGGCAGUGGAGUCGACUGAAGAGGCCUUCACCAUAAAAUAAAUUAUCAGUCAGUCAAUUUGUUUAGGUUAACUGCAUUAUUUUACAGACAGUACUACACAUACCAGGUGAUUGUUAUACAUUGAUGGUAAAUUAUGCAGCUCUAACUAGGGUAAGUUGGAUAACUCAAAAUUGAAAAGUAUCAUUUUCAUUAAGAUCCUUAUCAACUUAGUGGGUUUAUUACAGAUAGCUGGCUGUUACUCGUACAAUCAGAAGCUCAUCUCUUCAGCCAUGUCUCUGCUUAUAGAUUCAUGACAUUUAAAUGCUCAAACAAGUAACAUGUUCAUUUUUAUUGCUUUUGACAUAACAAGCAAAUGCAUUUAUGAACUUUUUAUAAGAGCCACUUAAGAAAGAGGCUAUGGCAUUUAACUGAAUUGUUGACUAUACAUGUUAAGCCUUAGCUCUUAGUGUUAACUGAAUGAUGCUUUUAAUAUAUAUAUAGUAUAUAUAUAUAUAUAUACAUAUACAGUAUAUAACAUAUUUGAACUCAAGUUCCUUUUAUUGCACAAAAAAUAAUUCACACUGUGUCUUAUUUAAUGUCUAAGUAUAAAGAUAAAAUAAUGACAGCAUUUCUCAAGCCUUUGAUAUUAAUGGUAAGGAAUUAUUUCUACUCAUUUUGUACAUUUCUUCAAUAAAUUUAUAUGAAUUUGAAA